GUGUGUCAGUUCAAUAUAGAGAAGAGAGAACUGCUACAAGAACAUGUCUCUGUCCUGUGUAUUGCAGCGUUCUACUGAUCAGCUCCUGCCCUGUGCACUGAGGAUUGCAUUACCUCACAGGUUUGCUGCACCUCUCUGUACUUCAGUCACUUCGGAAAGAGUGCGAAUUAAUGGUGUCAAUCUACAUUACCAGCGUACGGGUGGCGGUGAUCAUGGAGUCCUGUUACUGCCUGGGGUACUAGGUAGCGGUCAGACAGACUUUCAUCCUCAGCUUAAACAACUUAAUAAAAGUGCUUUUACGCUAAUUGCAUGGGACCCUCGAGGAUAUGGACUCUCCAUUCCACCAUAUCGAGACUAUCCUAUGGACUUUUUUGAAAGAGAUGCAAAAGAUGCUGUAGACUUGAUGCAGGCCCUACAAUUCAAGAAAUUUUCAUUGCUAGGGUGGAGUGAUGGAGGCAUAACUGCACUGAUUGCUGCAGGAACUUACCCAUCUCUAAUCAAUAAACUUGUUAUCUGGGGAGCCAAUGCCUAUGUGACUGAAGAAGAUCUGAAAAUGUAUAAUGCUGUAAAGGAUGUCUCAAACUGGAGUCAAAAGAUGAGACAGCCUAUGGAAGAGUUGUAUGGAAAGGAGUAUUUUGCAAACACGUUUUCUGCUUGGGUUGAAGCUAUCGGUCAGUUUCUUAAUGUAUCAAAUGGUAAUAUAUGUCAGCACUUGCUAGCCUUAAUUGAUUGUCCAACAUUAAUUAUUCAUGGUGUUAAAGACCCAAUGGUUCCAUCAUUUCAUCCAGAAUAUCUUCACCAGCACAUUAAAAACUCAAGAUUACAUCUGAUGCCAAAAGGCAAACAUAAUCUUCACCUGAGAUAUGCUGAAGAGUUUAACAGUUUAGUUGAACAGUUCCUGCGCUCAUCAUGAUAUGUUCGGAAAGGACAGGUCUUCGAUGGAAAUAUGAUUGCCAUUCUAUGAUGAACUUAAUUAGUAAUUAAAAAACAUGAUCCACAAAUAGUAGACUGAAUUCAAGACAAGAAAAAAAUCAAGUUGUUUCAGCAGUCCUCUCAAUAUCUCUGCCUUCAUAGUAGUUUAUGAUUGUUAAAUUAUUCAUUUUCUUUUCUAAGACUUAGGCAAACCUGUGUUUGUUUUAUAUGGGGUAAAGCAUCCGGUUUUCUUUAAUCACAA